AUGGAUUCAGACAAUUCAGAUAAUUAUGAUCAAGAAUUUUGGGAGUUAGUUGAAGAAGAAUUAAUGGACGACAGUGAUGAAGAACAACAUCUUCAAAAUGAAUGUCAAUUUGGAAGUUCCUCUAGGCCAAAGAGAAGAACUACGGUAGAUCGAGGUCGUGAAGAAGGGCACAAUCGAUUAUUCAAUGACUACUUCUCAGAAAAUCCAGUAUACACAGAUGUACAAUUUCGAAGAAGGUUCAGAAUGCAUAGGCAUGUGUUUCUUCGAAUUGUAGAUGCCCUCAGCAAUCAUGAUGAAUAUUUCCAAAUGAGGAUCGAUGCAACUGGUAAGAUGGGUCUUUCACCAUUGCAGAAAUGCACAUCUGCUAUUCGUAUGUUGGCAUAUGGGUCUCCCGCUGACAUUGUAGAUGAAUAUGUUCAAAUCGGUGAAAGUACCUCAAUUGAGUGCUUAGAAAGAUUCGUUAAGGGUGUGAAUGUUGUAUCUGGGGCUGAGUAUUUGCGAAAGCCUAACAACACUGAUAUCGAACAUCUUUUACAAAUGGGUGAGUCACGUGACUUUCCAGGACAUGCUCCCACUGUGCAAUAUACAAUCAAUGGAACACCAUACAAUAUGGGGUAUUAUUUAGCGGAUGACAUAUAUCCUGAGUGGGCUACAUUUGUCAAGACCAUUUCAAUGCCGCAGGGAGAAAAGAGAAAAUUAUUUGCUCAACAUCAAGAAUCAGCUAGAAGAGAUGUGGAGCGGGCAUUUGGAGUGCUCUAG